AUGCCCACAGCAAAAGGGGGGAUUAACUACAAUCAUAAUCAUGAUACUAUCAAUAAUCAUGAUACUGUUUAUGACACUGCUUACAACUACAAUUGUAAUACUAUUUAUGACUCUGAGAGUAUUGAUGAGAAUAAUAAUAGCGAUACUACUGAAAAAAUUCAAAUUCAGUUACCUAAUAACAGUUCAGAUUCACAACCUAAAAAAAAAGAACAGUUAAUUCUGAGUUUCAAAUGUCUCUAA